CACCACUGAGGAAGUGUCCGGUCACAUGCAGAAACAACUGAACGACUGCAUACGGCACCACCAGAAAAUAUUACGGUAUAUCCAAGUAUUGGAAGACACAAUGAACUUUCCUCUAUGUGGACUAUUUCUAAUUUUCUUAUCAGCGAUGUGCUUUGACGCCUUCUCAGCUAUCACGAGCUGGGGAGAUCACACUGAUGUAUCGCAGGCUCUAGCAGUAUAUAUAGUGCAGACAGGCUGCAUGUGUGUGUACUGCUGGCUCGGGAACGAGCUAUCAGAAGGGGUUGAAAGUGUUAGAGACGCGGCCUGGGGGUGCGACUGGGUGGGAACUCCUGUCCCGUUCCAACGCUGUCUGAUGUUCAUCAUCGCCAAAGCCAACAAGGAGUUUAUACUCACGGCUGGCAAGUUUGUUCCAGUCUCCAACAAGACCAUGAUGAAUAUGAUGAAUCAAUCGAUAUCCUUCUUCAUGUUCCUCCUCCACAUGAAAGACAAGAAUGCAGACAACAAUCAGGGAGUGUGACGUUAUUUAACAUAACUAUAAGUGUAUCAGUAGGAAACAUACCUAAUCGCUUCUUUACAACAGUCCUCAUGAAAUGAUAAUGUUCAUGUUAUGUACUUCCCAAUCUGUUUUGCUCUGAAUAUAUUAAUGAAAAACACAAA